AUGGAGGAAGAGACGAUCUACUUCAACACGUCGCGCCUCGAAGAGGGCGGCUUCUCCUCCGCGUCGCCGUCGGCGCUGAUGCUGCCGUCCUCUCUCCCUUCCGUCCAGCAGAUGAAGUUCAACUUCCGGCAGUACCUGCAUCACGGCGGGGGUGAGCUGAAGCGCCACCUUCUCGCAGAGGCCGAAAAAACUGAAAAGUGCCUCCUGCACGUGGACUUGAACGACUUGAAGGUAUUCCAGCACCACGUCGCCGACGCAGACCUGAAGUGCGUGAGCACUCCCUACUGCAAGAAGAAGCACCACGCCGCUCCGCCUGACUUUGCGCGCCAACUCGUCGCGGGCCUCAGCCAGCGGCCGCUGGUGUACCUGCCCACGUGCGAGCGCGUCUGCGAAGAAGUCGUUGAGAAGAGCGCGAUUCUCCCUCCGCAGCAGCUCACGGCCUCGCUCGCCAGCGGCGGCGCGCCCGGCCGCCAGGGACGGCGCGGGCCUGUACAGGUUCAAAUCAACCUGAUGGACACUAGCGCGACGCACACCCCCAUCAGACACCUGCUGUCCAGACAGCAGGAACAGUUCGUCGUCACAACUGGAAUCAUCAUCUCCUCACGGCCUCCCGCGUCGCGUCUGCAGACUGUGACGAUUCAGUGCAGAUACUGCAACCAUAAGAUGAUCAUUUCGCUGCCCGAGUGGCGUGAGCAGCUUCAGCUGCCGCGAUUCUGUCUCUACUCGCAGCAGCGCGCCUCCGUCGCCUCCACAGCGGGUCCCGCCUCGGUGCUCGGCGGCGCCGCCAACGACCUCGCAGACCUCGGCUGCAAAAACAAACCGGAUCCCUACUUUAUCGUUACGAACGAGUGCACAUUCGUCGACGUUCAGUCGCUGAAGCUGCAAGAGUUGCCUGAAGACGUCCCCACGGGAGACAUGCCUCGGCAUUUGCUGCUCAACUGCACGCGCUUGCUGACGGAUCGGGCGUUCCCUGGCGACCGUUUGAUCAUCCACGGUGUUUUGACGACGAACUUGACUGCGCCAGGGAUCAAGCAGACGACAGGGAGAGAGGCAGAGCAACCGCACAGCAGCUACCUGCAUGUGCUGGGGCUUCAGAAGGUGUCUUUCCUCUCGCUGGCUCGCACGCGCAUGUCGUUCACGCUGACUGAGCAGCGUGACUUGUUCUACAAGCUUGCGCAGAGUCAAAACAUCCUUGACAAAAUCGCCAGGUCAAUCGCGCCGGCGCUCUACGGCAUGGAGGAAGUCAAGCGCGCGUGCGCUUGUCUCCUCUUUGGCGGCACACAGAAGAUCGUCGCGGACGGCUCCAGGCUGAGAGGAGACAUCAACGUCUUGCUGCUCGGUGACCCCGGUGUCGCAAAGAGUCAAGUCCUCAAAUUCGUCGAUAAGAUCGCCCCUGUCUCGGUCUACACGUCAGGCAAAGGAAGUUCCGCUGCGGGUCUGACGGCGGCGGUCCUGCGCGAUCGCUCGGGCGUGUUCACUCUGGAGGGCGGCUGCAUGUGUCUGGCGGACGGCGGCGUUGUGUGCGUCGACGAGUUCGACAAGAUGGACGAGCGGGACGUGGUCGCGAUGCAUGAGGCCAUGGAGCAGCAGACAAUCUCGAUCAGCAAGGCGGGCAUCAACACAGUGCUCAACUCGCGAUGCGCCGUCCUCGCCGCCGCCAAUCCGUCGUUUGGCAGCUUCGACGACACGCAGGACUCCUCUGAGCAGCACGAGUUCAAGGCGACGAUUCUCUCUCGGUUCGAUCUCAUCUUCCUUCUGCGCGACAAGGAAGACUACGCGCGUGACGCGGCUCUCAGCACGCACAUCCUCAAACUGCAUGCGCAAAAAGACGUGCGGACGGGCGAGGACGAAGACGUUAUCCCGUUCGAGGUGUUGAAGAAUUACAUCCAAUUCGCCAAGAGCCUGCCGCCGCCGCUUCUUGGCGCAGACGCCCGCGACGCGCUGAAGAACUUCUACGUGCAGACCAGGCAAGAUGUGCGCGACGACAAGCGCUCCAAGACGCGCAAAAUCCCCAUCACGCUCCGUCAGCUCGAGUCUCUCGUGCGCAUUUCCGAAAGUUUCGCGAAGAUGGAGCUGAGUCCAGUGGCCUCCUCCAAGCAUGUGCAGAUGGCUAUCGAGCUUUUCUCUGUGUCGACUGCGGAAACGGCGCGCCACGCGCUGGUCUUCGAGGGCUUGUCGCCAGCAGAGCAAAAGCUUAUCAAGCAAGCGGAGGAGGCUGUGCUCGGCCGGCUUCAGAAGGGACAGCGCGCGCAGCGCAAGAACCUCUUGAGAGAUCUCCAGAUGCAGGGCUUCGACAAGAACGUUCUCAACAGAGCUGUCGCCAUCUUGAUCCGAAGGGGUGCCCUUCAGGAGAGAGGCGAUCGCUCUCUCCGCCGGCCGUAG